GCACGCGGGAACCCGAAGGUUCUGUAAUCGGUUUGGUAAAACGGAGUAAUUUCGACGUAGUACUCAAUUAUGUUGUGCGUGUUGCGAGAAAACGAAAUUGUCGCUAAUUCUUCGAUGUAACUUUACAUCUUUGAUGUAGAGUGUGUGCGCGCGCGCGCGCACGCGCGCUCCUCUACUUACACGUGACUACGUGUGUGAGUGGGUUGUUUCGUUAACUGGAGCACGUGUGCGACAAUCAAUUAAUUAUAUUUUGAAUAGUUGUGCGAAACACUCUUAUUGCCGGGCAUGAGUAUCGUUUCAACGUAACUCGUCCGAAUUUCUUUUUAAUUGUUAAUUCUUAAAUAAACAUUUUACGAUUCCUCGAUAAGACGAAAUGAAAAUAUUCAUGAUUAGGCGUUUAAUAUAAUGGGCACCAAAAAUGUAAAUGAGUUUAUAGGUGGCGUUAAUAAUAACUAGACACGACGCUAAGACUCGGCUUCAUUUCAAGCGUGAUCCUUGAAACGCGUUCGUUCUUUUUAGACAUUCCACAUUUGAGACAUUCCAUUGCCUAAUUCGUUUCUCAAUCAGACGCUUUGGAUGAGACUUUUUUUUUUUCUUUCUACAAAUCUGUUAACGUUUAAAGACGUUACGUUAUGAAGGAUUAAAAAUGAAUCCGACAACGUUGAAGAAUUGGUUGGUACGCGGUGAGCUCGAGAAGCUUGAAAAUAUUGUGUUGGAGGGACGUGGCGCACGUUUGUUGGGCGAACAUUCUCCAGAUCUUAGAACCCGUGUCUUCCUGAAGGGACUCCCGAAUUACCUGACGAAGAUAUCUCAAGCUCACGACGCGGUUACGCGAGGUUCCUUGGUAGAAACUCAGAGGAUUAUAACGGAAGAACCAAAGAAAAAGUUGGCCAUCGCUAAGGAUCCAUCCGGGAUACCGCUCAUUCACAAGGCGAUUUAUCAUGAUCAACCAGAAAUAGUUGCAUGGCUUGUACAUAAUUACCCAAUCACGACUCAACAAAGGGACAAAGAAGGUAGAACGGCUUUACAUUAUUGCGCUGCCUGUAGAGAUCCUAGCACGGUGUGGGACAUUUUGAUAGAGGGUGGCUGCGACGCCAGUGUUUGCGACAAGCGUGGAAAUCCGGCAGCUUAUUAUCUUGAACACAGUUCCGAGGUCGAGUUAGCCGAAACGGAGAGGAUGCCUAAUCGAAAAGGCAGCACUACGAAAGAAACCUUUGACUUCAAGCCUUCCAAUAUAAGAAUAUGGAUUCAUAAUCGGGACAUUAGAAAAUUGCAGCAGGUUCUAUGGGAAGGUCACGGUGGCAAAUUACGAUGCGAGACAAGCAACAAUCCGAGGGUGAAGAAGUUUUUGGAAGCGGUACCUUUUAUAAUGGGUACCGUGAAAGAUGUACACUCAACGACUGUGAAAAACGAUUUGGAGGGUCUGAAGAAGAAAUUAGAGGAUCCGGUCUCGCCUAUUAUUUUGUGUAGCAAGGAUGCAAACGGUUUGAACGUCUUGCACAAGGCUGCCGGAUUGGGUUAUCUGGAAGUCGCUCGUGAAAUCCUUGAGAGGUAUCCAUCGAUAGUAACGGCCCAAGAUAACGAAGGUAAAACACCGUUACAUUAUGCGGCUGCGUUGAAGGACGACGGUGCCAUGUACAAUCUAUUGACCGAGCAUGGGGCCGACGAAAGCAAAUUGGAUAACAAACAAAAGGCAGCCGCUUUUUAUAAAAAUCGUCCGUCCGACGUGGACCUAUCCAAUUUAGUCGUGAUACCGGAAGCGCCACGAGUAUCGGGAAUGUCCUAUCCAAAAAAUUGGGACUGGAGAAUCUUGGAGGUAGCUGAAACAUUUGUACGUCCAGCAAAGAAAUCGCCAAGUAGCAAUGAGGUCGACAGUGCAUUUGAAAGCGCCGAACCAUCAAUUAGGAGCUCAAACGUUAUUACCGAGGACGCGAAAAUAGUUGAAGAAGAGAAGGAUGAUUCGAUUACGAAAGAUGAGGGUUUGUCCGAGCUUACGUCCGAAAUAGUCGAAGGAAACGAAGAGAAAUCGUCGGACGAUGAUGUAAUUACUGGCGCGAAAGACGACGACAAGGACGACGACAAGGACGACGACAAGGACGACGACAAGGACGACGACAAGGACGACGACAAGGACGACGACAAGGACGACGAGAAGGACGACGACAAGGACGACGAGAAGGACGACGAGAAGGACGACACGAUAGACGACGAGAAAGAUGAGGAAAUGGCAGAAGAUACGGCAGAAGAAACGAACGGAAACGACGCGAAAGAGCAACCUCGAGAGAUCGAGGAAUCUGAUAAGGUUGAGGAUACAACGAAUGAGCCGAUUGGUACCGAUCAAGAGGAGAGGAGUGAUCCUAGUACGGGCGACUCUGGGGUCGAUGAUCCAACGAACGAAGAAGAUCAGGUCAUCGUGGGCGAACACGAAGAGUUACCAGAAGCGGAAUUGAAAGAGGGUAGCAUGAUUUUGGAUCCGGAAGUGGAGAAUUUAUUGGAGAACGGAAAUAUGGAACAAUUGGCAGCGUUGGUGUUGAACGGCGAAGGUAGACGACUUGUUGGUCGGCAAUCGAAUAAUCCCGAACUUCAGGCCUUCAUCGACAAUGUGCCUGCUUAUAUGGGAAAAAUUCACGCCGUACAUAUGGCAGCGCGAGAAGGGAAUCUAAGAGAUUUGCAAAGCGCAUUGGAUCGUCGCAAAUUUGCCGUAGCAAGGGACGGUUCGUCGCCUCGCGGUGCAACGCCUCUUCACGUUGCAGUGGUCUUUGGUAAUACAGCUGUCAUCAGGUAUCUGGCAGGAAGAUUCCCGGAAACGGCACACGCGAUCGAUCUCGACGGUAGAACGCCGUUGCAUUAUGCAACAACGCUCGCCGACAACGGACAUUAUUACAAUCUUCUUCUUAAUUUGGGAGCGAAUCCGCUUGUAAAGGACAAUUUAGGAAAUAAGGCGGAUCAUUACAAACUAAAUCAGGAUGAACUAUCGCACAAAAGACUACUUCGUGAUUUCGGAGCCAGCGAAAAACUCGCCGAAGAAAUGUUGACGGACAAAGACGAUAAUCAACUCGAUAUUCCUAUAUUUCGCACGGAGGAAGGUCGUUAUUUAGCAUCGUGUAAGUCUUUGGGUGAUCCAUUGAUCAAGGGUCUAACCGAAGUGGCUAAUGCACGUCCAAACGAUCCGGUCACAUAUUUGGCGACUUAUCUAUACAAUUUUGCUAGCAAUAAUAAAAGUGACGAUCGGCGGGAAUCCAACGUACUGAUAAUACCCGAACGUGAAAACGAAUCUCUCGACAAUCCUGACAAUGAAAACGGGGACGAGGACGCGGGCUAUCCUCAAAGUCCAGAUUCCGAUGUACCAGAAUCAACUUUUAGCAACCCAAACAGAGACGAGCACGGGCAAAGUAUGAUACAUUUUGCAGCUGUACGUUCUUAUUCGAAAGACGGCUUGUAUCAUCUUUUGCAAGAGACACAGGUCAACGUCGGUUUUAGGGACGAAGUUUAUCGAACAGCUAGGGACGUUGCGGAACAGGCUAAUAUCCGUGAGAAUGUCGAAGAGAUCGAUCGUUGGGUCGUAUAUUUGGCCGCAAGGGGUGAAACGGAAAAGCUGGUGGAACUUUUGCUGGAAGGUUACGAUCAUAUCCUCGACGCGGAAGACGAUAAAAUGAAUAUCGUUGACGUCGCGAUUCAGAGAGAUCACGAGGCGACCGUGCAAUUUUUACAAUCUAUUCCUAAUUACGUGGAUCAACGAGAGGAUACGCACCGUGCCAUACGUUUCGCCGAUGUCGCCAAAGUGAAGGAGCUUUUAAAUAAAAAUAACGGCGGUGGAAAGUUAUUAGCAGUUGGAAAAAAUAUAACCGGUCGGUGUGCCCUUCACAUCGCUGUUCUACGAGAAAACGAAGAGAUCGUACGAUUAAUAGCUAAUACAUAUCCGGAAACAUUGCGAAUUGGCGACAACCUUGAAAGAACUGCUCUUCACUACGCAAUGGGAGUACCAUCGGUUGAAAUAUUAAGCAACAUUCUCAUAAAAGCGGGUGCGAAACGAAUCGUCAAAGAUUUGAAAUCACGACAGCCUUCGUACUAUUUUAUGAACAAAUCGGAUAUUGAGAGACUUCAGGAGGAGGAAGAAGCGAUGGGCAAGUAAUUAUGAAUUGUAAAAGAUGCUAACGUAUAAGCAUUGUAUUUUUAUUCGCAGAUACUUUUUAGUCAUGUUUAUCGGGAAUAUUAUUACCUGCAUAGUUUAUGCAACGGCGCACAAUAAUACUGUCGUUAUCGCUUCGUUAAGAACACAAUUAUUAAUGAAUAAUUGGAAUGAUUUAAGUACUUAUGGGCAUGUAAGUCUAUAGCAAUAUAUUCCUUUAAUUUUAUCAUUUAUCCUACUUUGGUUAAACAAUAUGUUAUAUCUCCUCUCUUUUCCGUCGGAUAUUUUCAAUUUAUUAUAAUUUAAUCACAAUAAAUAACUCGGACAGAGUGUAGAGGAAAUCAUAUAAUCGGUAAAUAGUCAGAAGGAUGUAACAUACGAAAUAUAAUAUUAAUAAGUUGAUGUUGUAUAA